UGGGAUUCAACAAAUUUGAUAAUGAAUUGACCAUAUUGUGGGUUAUGAAAACGACUGUCAUGUCCCAACAAAACCUGAAAAGACAAGUUUUACGACUUUAUAGAGAUAUACUGCGCGUGGCAAAGAAUUGGAAAGAACCUGAGGAAGCACAAUAUAUAAGGGAAGAAGCAGAUAGGCUAUUUCACCAGAAUAAGACUAUCACAGGAAAGGAGGAAAUAGAAGAAAAACUCUUUGAAGGAAGAACUCGCUUAGAGUUGGGAAUUCAUUAUAAGAUACCAUAUCCUAGACCAUAUCAUGUGGUUCCAGGGGCAACAGGCAAAACGAGAGAUAUGAUAAAGCCAGCCUAUAUGGCCUCUUAUGAUUGGGAUUUAUCGCAUUCAGAUAUUACUAGAGAGGCAAAAAGGCCAAAGACAAGAUUUGAGGAGGACUUUGACGAAGAAGACAACCCUCUUCAAGUUCGUCGAAAGCCAAGAGGUUAUCAAGUUGGCACAUCAUAAACUUGUAUGGUAGAAAAGGAAUAUAUUUGCUUUAUUGUAUUAAACAAGUUUUCAUCCGA